CCCAGAUGUUCUGUGCUUCUGUUUCUCUUCACUCAUUGAGCAACACAUUCACUGGUGCUGCUCGGCGUUUUGAUCCUAGACUUCUAUCCCACCGGAUACAGUUGUCAGGCUGUCAGCAGUAAUCAGCAGUGAGCAGGGAUAUACGAGACUUGCGAUCCUUUCGUGGGGUCGUCUGAAACCCCAGGAUUCGACCAUCCUUUCACACAUCCGAGCUUACACUCCCUAUUAGAUCCAGUGUUUUCCUGGCUAUCUCGUCCUGGGGUCUACGUCUUCAGUCAUUCCCUCUGCAAGCGGUGUUGUGUUUCUGUUACUGCUCAAGCAUGCCAUCUCGAGCUUGUUCCUCCUCAAAACCUGUGAGCUGGAGUCACGACGAAGCUGCUUGUUAGGACUCUCUACACCAAUCUCUGCACUGUACACACAUGUCUCCGUCCUGGAUAUUCACCUGAUAUCAGCGAAAUCGAUUUAGAAGGCCACAUUGCCUGUUAAAGCCAGACAUCAUGUCUCAGAUUGAGAAUCUAUCCAGCCUGGCCUCCCUUCCCUCUCCUCUCCCACCAGCCCCGGAUGGAGAGAUCUUAACCAAGGAUCAAUUCGACAUUCUCUUUUCCAUCUUGGAGGUCACUCUUCCCUCCAUAUCCGCGGGCUCCAAUGGCAAGAAGACUGUAUCAUCCACGGAGCUGGAUACCGCCAUUUCUCGACUCCGACCCUAUCUCCCAGACGGAGCACCCGAUGAUGUUGCUCGAGCAUAUCUCUCCGAGGACAUCACCUCCGACCCAGCCUUCCGAGAAAUCCUCAUUCGCAAACUCAAGCUCUUCAUCCCUCCCUCCGACAGCCGAGGCCUGGGCUUCAUCCUCUCCGCGCUCAACACCACAGUCGGUUCAUACGUGCUCACAGGCUACUCGUCCCCCAUCCACACCCAUGAUCUCGCAACCCGUACGCACAUCGUCCACAGCUGGGCCUCGGUGCGCCUCCCACUAUUACGUGGCAUCUACCGCUCAAUGAACGGCCUGGCGCGCAUGAGCUGGAUCGCCACAUCCCCUACCCUCCUACAAAUACUCGAUUUUCCCUCCAUCCCCAAACACAUCGAACGCAACGACAGCUACGCCUUCGCCUUUCACGACUUCACAUCGGCUUCCACACCAGCCACACUUUCCACCGACGUCGUCAUCAUCGGCUCCGGCUGCGGCGCCGGCGUCGUUGCUUCACACCUUUCCCGCGCGGGCCUGAAAUGCCUCAUCCUCGAAAAGUCCUACCACUUCCCCUCGACCCACUUCCCCAUGUCGAGUUCGUCCGCGGGCGAACAUCUGAUGGAGAACGGCGGGAUGAUCACUUCCGACGACGCAUCCACCAUCGUCCUCGCGGGAAGCACCUUCGGCGGUGGCGGCACCGUCAAUUGGUCGGCCUCGCUACAACCACAGUACGCCGUGCGGCAGGAAUGGGCAACCUCCUCUGGCCUCCCCCACUUCCUCAGUCCCGAGUUCCAGGACUGUCUGGACACCGUGUGCGAUAAAAUGGGCGUCGCGCGCUCGACCGACCCGUCCGCCCUCGCGAACAUCGAGCACAACUUUGCCAACACCACGCUGCUCGAAGGCGCCAGACGUCUGGGCAUGGCGGUUGAAGUCGUACCCCAGAACACGGGUGCGUCCCGGCGUCACUGCUGCGGCUACUGCACGUACGGCUGCGCCAGCACGACCAAGCAAGGCCCGGCCAACUGCUGGUUUCCGGACGCCGCCCGGCACGGCGCCGAGUUCAUCGAAGGCGCCUUCGUCGACGAGGUCAUCAUCGACCCCAUCAGUAAAGUGGCCACAGGCGUCCGCGCGACAUGGACACCUCGCGACGACCGCUCAACAACCCGGAGGUUACUCAUCAACGCAGAACGAGUCAUCCUCGCCGCGGGCACGCUCCAUUCGCCCCUCGUCCUCCAACGCUCCGGCCUGAAGAACCCGCACAUCGGAUCGAACCUCCACCUGCACCCCACGGGCCAAGUAUGGUCCGUCUGGCCGCACCGCGUCAACCCGUGGGAGGGCUCGAUAUUGACCGUCGCCGUAACCGACCUGGAGAACCGUGACGGCGCCCACCACGGCCCCAAGAUCGAAGUCAUCUGUUCAACCCCCGGUUUGGGACUCCUCGGUUUGCCAUUCCGCACCACGACCAACAACCUCGACUUCGGCUCCAAAGACCGUAAAGAAGAUUCCAAAGACUCCGAAGGAAGUACUUUCGCCCCGGCCAUCGAAUACAAACUCAACGCCGCCAAGCAUGCAUUCUCAACGGGCUUGGUCAGUAUCACGCGCGACGCGGAUACGGGCAAAGUAUACAUCGACCCGAAGGACCCCUCGCGGAAGAGGCCGCGCAUCGCCUACACCCCGUCCUCACGGGACAGGAGACACAUCCUCGAAGGCCAGAUCGCCGGGGCGAGAAUCAAUUUCGUCAUGGGCGCCAACGAGAUCGACACAGGACACCCCGGCGUGAAGAGGUGGAUUAGGCCUUCUAUGCUGUCUACGUCCACGCUGUCGUCCUCGUCGUCGGCGGUCCGGGCGGAGGCGGAGGCGGCGCCGUCGCCGUUACAAACCAGCAACAAAGAAUCCAGCGCAUCCACCUCCACCUCCACCGAUGAGGAUGAGACAUCGUUCGCCGCAUGGCUCGACAUCGUCCGCACGACGGGCCUGACAGCCCCCGACCCCUGCAUGGUCGGCUCGGCGCACCAAAUGGGCACGUGCCGGAUGAGUCCGUCGCCCAAGACCGGCGUGGUGGAUUCCCAGGGCAAAGUCUGGGGCGUGCAAGGUUUGUAUGUCGCCGACGCCAGCGUCUUCCCAUCUGCGAGCGGCGUGAACCCGAUGAUCACGAACAUGGGUAUUGCCGAGUGGAUCUCGAGGGGGAUCGUACGGGAAUUGAAGGACGAGCACAAACCGAAGAGACCGUCGAAGCUAUAGAAUCCAAAGAGACCAGGAAUUUUGGCACAAGGCUUCCAAGGACCCUGAAAAGGUACCCGUUCCACAGAAUAUAAAACUUUUUCGGGAAGCAGUUCGAAAAUUCGCUUUCAUUGAAGUCGCUCACGGACGUCCUAUACGACACCCAGUGGACAAAACAUAGUGCAGCUCUCCAUUGGCCUCUCUCGGCUGAAUCUGGAUACCGAUACCCGUUUCAGUACUCCUUCCCAAAACUGCCCCAGCU